GAGGGUCACCAAUCUGCAAUAACAAACUGUGCCUACAAAUUGUGGAAGAAUUUCAGAAUUAUGUUUCACAUAAAAUUGCAAAUACUUUUAAUAUCUUAUCAUCUACAGAACAUAAAAUCAUCAACAAGUUCUGAGAAUCUGGAGAAAUCUCUGGUGCAAGGGUAAAAAUCAAUAUUGGAUGCUCGUGAUCUUCAGACCCUCAGGUGACUCUGCAUUAAAAACAGGUCUACAAUAUGGCCUCUUACUCAGAGGUGCAUGGGCCAGAGCGUGCUAAAAGUAUUCCAGGCUAUAGGUUUGGGGUGCGUUCCUACCUGCACUAUUUUUAUGAGGAGUGUACAGCCUCUGUAUGGAACCAGGAGGAUGUUCAGAACCAGCGUUCAUACCAGUGGUGGAGCUCAGGCCUCUGCAAGAUUUCUCUUGCAGUUGGAACUGUCCUGUUAGCUGUCGGUUUGGUGAUGUUGGCGGUGGGUUUUGCCGUUCCAACUCGAAUUGAGGCAUUCGGCGAGGGAGAAUUGCUCUUUGUGGAUCACCAUGCCAUGCGAUACAACAAGGCCCUGAACAUGUGUGUACAGGCUGGCACUGGGAUGCUGACCCUGGGGGGCCUGAUGAUGACCGCUGGUCUGCUGUUGUCUGCGUUCUCCAAACCCACAACCAGUCCACAGCCUCCUGGGAAAGAAAAAAAGGGCAUCAUUGGGAGGGGAGGUGGAGCAGAUGGAAGGAGUCCCACCAAUGUUCUCACUAAAGCUCCCAGUCCAGCUGCAGGUGAUGUAGCUGUCCCUGUUGCUCUCUCUAAAGUAGAGAAUGUCCAACCAUAAGUAAACUUAAGAGUCCUAUUCCACUAAAGACCUGGAUACACUAUGCUAGUUUGCUCUGAAGUAACUAUUUGGUGUUAAGUAAGGAAGUGCAUUUGAGACAAAAUUUUAAGUAAGGAAUAAACCCUGAUAGUUUGUGCUGACACUAAAUUGGAUUUUAGAGGUCUAAAAUAAAACAGCUAAAAAUGUGCUAUUUUUCUUAUACCACAGUAAAUUGUCAACAGUUUAAUUUAAUGUUGAGGAAUGAGCAUUAGACAAGUUCUUAUAACAGCUAUAAAUAUCGAUUCCUUCACCAGCCUUUUUGCCUCUUUCUUGAAGUUACUAAUUCAUAAGGUGGAGCUUGUCAUGUAACAGAGAAACAAGAAAUUACAAACUCCUCUAAACUUAAGACUUUCCUGUAGCAGAAAACCUACUAAUUAUUACAUGGUGCAGAUACUAAAGACUAAUUAAAUACCUGUUAAUUAAAUACCUGUUUGGAGAAAUUUCACCAUAUCAGCCAUAUCAACAGUCAUGUUUAUAUUAAAUACUGUUAUUUAUUUAUUUAUUUAUUUAUUAUUAACCUUAAGAAGUUUGUCUGCUAUAUAACUCUAUUUAUACAGAAAUCAUGAGGUAUUAAAAUCAGUGCAUUAAUAUAAAUCUGUGAUGUCCAACACUGAUGUACCAUUAUAGAAAAUUAAUCAACACCUUUGGGUUUAAGAAUUCGACAACGCUGUGAUAUAAUAAAGAAUGAAACAUUUCUGCUUCUGCUGUUUCUGUCCGAACAAAAAAUAGAUCUGCUGCGGCAGAAAACAAGAAAUUUCUAAUAAAAUUUUUAUCAGAAGCAUAUUAUUGCAGUUUGUCUUUGCAGUUGUUUUAUUUUUAUUUGAGCAAGUUGGCAACCGAGUAUAUUUUAAAGGUAAAGUUAUAUAAAUGCAAGGCAAUGAUUUAAUGUAUAAAAUAUAUUGUCAGGAGACUCGCUAUGAAGGACUGACUUUGUGUAUCCAGGCCUUUAUAAGCUACAGGGGAAAAAUAGGGUUAAUAUAUUCAAGAAGAGAGAAGUGCAGUUGUUUCUCGUGUAAUAGUCUGUGCAGUCUCAGACGGAUUUAUUAUCUGGUUUUGAUUUCAAAACAAAGCAAAUGUGAGUAGUUUGUCUUUAGUUUUUGUGGAUUUUAACACCGUCAAAUCGAACGGUGAAAGCAGCAGGGUGAAGUGGCACAGCUCACAGAACCAUACACUGUGUUGAUUUCUCAUUUAAUAAACUUGCAGUCAUGUUAAA